CUUGAAUGUCCUGUGGCGAUCGGUCCUUCUUAUUCCUGCCAUACCUACGCCAAACUUUUAUGACUGCUCGUUAUAGUGAUCAUUGCGUCUGUCUUCUGCCACUCUUUCUUCUCUUGUGGUUUGCAUCAUUGUUCACUCUUCAUCCGGUUUCUUCCUUCACUCUUUUGCCACUGUGUGUUCUUGCUGGCUUCACUGCCCAUAUACCUUCUUUUGCUCACAAGCUUCGAUAUACCCACUCUCAUUCCACAAAUCCACGUUGAAUCCACUCGUUCUCCCUCUCCACGGACUACAGUAGUCCCCAAUCACUCCAAUAUCUGAAUAGCCGAGUGGAGCCAUGGCCUUCAAGGACAUUGUCUCGAGGUUCCGACGUUCUCUCCUAUGCUGCAACAAGCGCGAGCGGAAAUCCUCACUGGACAUCGGCUCUCCAACCAAUGUCCGUGUUGUCGACGUUUCUGAUGCUCUCCCUGGUCUCACCGAUGCCCAACGGAAGUACAUUCGCGAAAAGGCUUCUAGCGAUGCUAUUCACCUACUGGGUCUACAAGCCCAUCCACCAUCACACCCUUCUUCUCAACCACCGACAACGCCACCAUCACCUGAACACUCACUGAGACAUGAGCCCAACUCUGCAAUGUCGUCUCGGGAGCCUUCCAUGGCUCUCUUGAACGCUGCGUCCAAGGACCUGCCUAGCGCAGUGCCAACACCUCCUCGUCAGACCCACGCACCUGCGUCCCCACCGAGUGCAAGGAUGAAGAGCAUGUGGGCUGGUACGAAGAGACUUAGCACCUCAUCAAGUUGCCGAGACAGUUUGUACUCGAAGAUUGGGGAUGGCGAGAAGCAUCAAGACUCAUCAUUCAUGACACUGAAUCCCGACUUCGAGUCCGAAAGCCUUGAUACAAAGAAACGUACCGACAGCCCCAGAACGCUGAGUCUGGCGUCCGGGUUCGAAGCGCAGGAUACUGUUGGUGGACACACUAAUGCCAACACACCGCCUAUGAAGAACGAGAAGGUCAAUACUGCGAUCAAGGAAACUGAGGUUAUGGACAGUAGUGACGAAGAGGACCCGUUUGUUGCUGCGGAGGGCACGUUGUUGAAGAAGAUCUGAGCUGGACCAGAUGAGCCUCGUUGACCGAUGGGAUAGCUACGGCCCCUUUGUACUUGUACGAUGUUAUGGCACUAAAUGGACAUUGGGCAACGGACGGGCAAAGACUGGUUACUGGCCCUACAAUAUGGGUAUAAUAGUCAAUAAUGACACGCCACAUCACCCAGAAUAAAUAUCAAAUCAACAGCAGCUUUCAUGCAUUUACCUCUCUUUAUUUUUGGAA